UGAAAUGUCUGCCACCACACCUUCUAAGCCUAAGGUGGUAAUUGUAGGAGCCGGAGUUCUUGGACUCUCUACCGCGUUGGUGCUCUGUGAGAAAUUCACGCAUCCACAGUUAGAAAUAACGGUUAUAGCCGAAUAUGGACCCCAUGAUUUAUCCAUGAACGCGGGAUUGACUAACUAUCCCCUUUACACUUCCCCUUGGGCAGGUGCACAUUUCCGUCCAUUCCCCAGUAAGAAUAUCCAGGAAGAACGGGAAUCUAAAUUGACCAGAUUGACAUUGCAGAAGUUCAAGGAAUUGGCCAAACUGAAUCCUGAAAGCUCCAUUGAGUUUGUUCAGGGCAUCGAGUAUUUCGAGAAGCCUGAUCAUUUCUAUAAGGAAAUAGCACCAGGUUUCUCCAAUGAAAUGGACAAUUUCUCAGUAUUGCCUACCAGUAGUUUACCAGAAGGAGUAGAGAUGGGAGUCAAGUACGAUACCUGGGUGGUCAAUUCACCAUUAUAUUUGCAAUUCUUGUACAGAAAGCUCAGGUUCCAGUACAAGGUCAACUUCAUUCUCACCAAACUAACAUCUCUUAGGCAUGUUAAUAGUUUUGUUUCCGGUAGUCCAAUAAUCAUAAACUGUAGUGGCAAUGGUUUGCAGUACGAUGGAGGUAACGAUCUAUCCAAUUUUCCUAUUCGUGGCCAAACUCUCUUGAUCAACCCUCCUUCUGAUUGUAAAUUCCUUCAUACUACCAUCACUCAUCAGCUGAAGGAAAAUCUAUGGACAUUUGUCAUACCUCGUCCCUUACACGGAGGUAUUAUAUUGGGUGGAACCAAGCAGGUCGACGAAUCGUUUACUGGGGUACGAGAUGAAGAUACCAGAGCGUUGCUUGAAAGGGGUCGGAAAUUGUAUCCUGAGCUCAUGAAGGAGAACCCAGAAACAGGAGAGAAAUAUUUCGAUAUUGUUAGAAUCAAUGUCGGGUUACGGCCUGCAAGAAAGGGCGGUUUGAAUCUCAGUGUUGAGCUGAAGGACGUGUACUUGGAUAGAGCUAACCACGUUAUUAACAAUUAUGGAGCAGGAGGAAUGGGCUAUGAAUUGUCGUAUGGAGCUGCAAUUGCAGUCUAUGAGAAGUUGUUACAAUUGGUCUCUUCCAAACUGGCUCUUUAAUUAAGCAAGGAGCUAUCCAUAUUCGGAUAUAGUUGCACUAAACAUUAAAAAAUUCUGAUAGCUCAGAAGUAGAUUUUUAGAACGGCAACUGUAUUCGGUACACCCUGUCUUAUUGAUAUUCAAGAUCAAUAUAGAAAAUAGAUCAAUACAAAAUAGUACUAUUUCCAACGUUGCUUCCUAACAAUAUAUAAUUUUCGUU